AUGAAGUCCCUCAUUGCAGCUCCCAUCGGGUUGCACAACAGCAUGUGCAGCUUCAAAACGCAUCUGACGACCACAGUUUCGCCCUCCUUCACGUGGAGCAUCCAUUGGCGGACAUCCUCCAGCUGGCCGGAAAUCGAGUGGAACUCUAACAGCAGGUUCAGGGCAGCCACAAGCCCCAACAGCCGCCCGCCCGUUUCCAUCAGCUCCUGCUUUGAUCCGCCCACGCCCGUGAUCCGCACACGGCAUAGAGUGUCACCCUGCGAUGCCAGGCUGCGGAGGAGGCCCGGCCAUUGCAGGCUCUGGCCCGCAUCGAAGUCAAUCACGUGGACUCAGGCCUUCUCCUCGAAAGACCAUAGGAGGAUCUCGUUCCACAGAACCAAAGAGGAAAAAGUUAUACAGGGGAAAUUGGAAAUAGCCGAGAAGAAAACAAAAGCAAAACAUACCUUUUUCUCUCCACGACCUAUCGCCGGAGAGCCUCCGGUCAUCGGAGAAAACAUAACACGUCUGACUAAAUCCGCUGACCUUGGCGAGCUGAUUCCUCGGAGCUUUUCCGCCGGUGGAUUAUUUUUGCCCGGUCAUAGCAGCCGCGGUAGGGGAUGGGUUGUACUGUUUGGAGCUGUCGCGAGAUGUUCGGGGACCAUAGGAGGUCUUCUCCGUCGGGAGAUUGGAGACAAUAAUCUCCAGAACCUACAUGUGCUCGCUCUCUAUCUAUCAGCAAGAUGGGAAUCGGAUUUCAGUACGGUUUUGCUACAAUUUUACUUAUGGGAGAAGCAAGGCAAACGUAUUUCAACACGAGCCGCUUAUAAUGACUCAGCAAAUCUUCCACAUCACCAACCGCCAGGUCACCGGCUUCGGAGUACAAAUAAGGGAAAUCCCAAAAAAGCUGGUUCGGAUCGUCUUCCUUCAAAAGAUCGGUUGCGCCCUUGUUUUCUAAAUCAGACACCGACGGAAUUUUAUCCAACACUUUACUGUCUUUCUCAAUCGGAGUUCUCAGAGAGGCCGGCAAGAAGGGCUUUUGCGGAUUCCAUGUUCUUUUCAAAUUCCUCGUCGUCCAUCGAGAGGGCUUUUGCGUCUAUAUUGGUAAUGAAAGACUCCAGCGAGAUAUUCGUGAAGAAGUAG